AUGCCUACUCAGUCAAGUACUCCAAUCAAACUCCAAACAGCCAAAUCAAAGGCCAAGCUGCUAGACAUAGGUACACUUAACAGUGUGAGCAAAUUCACCAAACAUGUGAUUAUGUACGGUCAUAACUCAGUCGGUGUGAGCUCUAGCAGCAAACCAGACCUUGUCUUUUCUGUGGAAUAUAACGACGGAUCUUCUGGCAUUGUGCGCUGUGGUCCAUGGGUCUACGGGUACCCAGAAAGCAUAAAAGAACUUACAUUGCUUCAGAUUAAGGUUUGCAAGGCGAAAGAACUCGUGAAUUGGACUUAUGUAGGGAAUAAAUUUGGACUCAAGAAAGAGGAUAUGAUGCGCCUUUCAUGGCCGAAAAGGGCGCAAGUCUCGUGUUCUGAUUAG